UGAGUGCGGUGGUAGGAUUCUUAACCAGUCCAUCGCCAUCGUCGCCAGCAGCUCGCGCGCACCGUCGAAUCGUCGAUGCGAGUCAGUGUCCAGCCGGACGUUGCAACGCUCGGUCAAAAAAGUUGACUUAACUUGAGUCACUUCAAUAAACGUAUUUUAUAACAAUCGCAAACAUAACAACUCACUAGGAAUAAAUAUUGAUUAUAAACUAGUUAAGUCGGUUUGAUUUUUUUAAUUUUUUACCUUGACUUAAGUCGGUUCAGUGGUGAAAACAUACUUAAGUGUUCAGUGACAUUUUGGGGAUUUUUGGAGUAUCAAAAAGUUCACAGUCCAACAGAUCAUUUUCUGAUGGAAUAAAAACAGUGAAUCCUGUGAGAACGUUUUCGUGACAUACCUGUUAACCUAACAACCGCACACACUCAGCAUGAAGGGCAAGGAAAAGUUGUGGUCGAAGCUGUCGAGCAGUUUUCUGCGGAAGUGGUGGAUGGUAGCAGUGAUAGCAGUGUUUUGUUUAAUCUUAGGUGUUCUAGUUGCCAUAUUCUUCCCUACGUGGUUUAAUUUAAUCAUUAACUCGCAAGUGAUAUUAAAAGAAGGUUCUCAAACAUUCGGAUGGUGGAGAAAACCCCCGGUUACACCGCAGAUAAGGGUGUAUAUCUACAACGUAACAAACGCAGACGAAUUCCUCACAAACGGAUCGAAACCAAUCGUAGAUGAACUGGGACCAUUUGUAUAUGAUGAAAAAUGGGAGAAGAAAAAUGUCGUGUUUCAUGACAACGGAACUCUGACUUUCAACCAGGAAAAGAUCUACACGUUUAAUGAAGAAUUGUCUUCCGGUUCUGAAGAUGACAUUGUUGUGGUACCAAAUAUUCCCAUGCUUAGUGCAACUUCUCAGUCGAAACAUGCAGCCCGUUUCCUUCGUCUUGCAAUGGCGUCUAUUAUGGAUAUUUUGAAAAUUAAGCCGUUUGUGCAAGUUUCUGUUGGGCAGUUGUUGUGGGGUUAUGAGGAUCCAUUACUUAAGCUUGCUAAGGAUGUUGUGCCCAAAGAACAGAAGCUACCUUAUGAGGAAUUUGGACUUAUGUAUAAUAAAAAUGGAACGUCCAAAGAUAAUGUAACAAUGUUCACCGGAGCAUCAGACAUAACCAAGUUUGGUCUUGUGCACAACGUAAAUGGGAUCGAGAAACUGCCGCAUUACUCUACUGAAGCAUGCAAUAGUAUUCAAGGAUCUGAUGGAUCUAUUUUCCCACCGCACAUCACAAAGAACACUACUCUGUAUCUAUACGAUAAGGAUUUGUGCAGGAUAUUACCAAUGACAUAUCAAAAAGAAGUUAUGGUAAAAGGAAACGUUCCCGGUUAUCGUUUCUCACCAGCUAAGAAUGUCUUUGGUACUCCGGAAGAAAAUCCAUUCAAUGAGUGUUUCUGCACUUCCGGUCCGCCAUGCACGCCAUCUGGAUUCUUCAAUGUGUCACUCUGUCAAUACGAUUCGCCUGUUUUACUAUCCUUCCCACAUUUCUUAUACGCUGACGACAUGUACAGGAAUGCAUUCGAUGGUAUUUCACCUCCUGAUGUAGAAAAACACGGAUUUUAUAUGGACGUUCAACCUUUGAUGGGAGCUGGAUUAUCAGCAAAAGCAAGACUACAAAUUAAUUUGGCAGUCAGUCAAGUGGUGGAUAUUAAACAAGUCGCCACUUUCCCAGAUAUUAUCUUUCCUAUUAUCUGGUUUGAAGAAGGUAUUGAAGAAUUACCAGACGAAAUGACAGGUCUAAUGGCCCUCGCCGCUGCCGUGCCCCCAAUCGCACGCGCCUCCUUAACCGGAGUAUUACUUAUCGUAGGUGCGCUGCUGCUACUAAUCGCCAUGUGGCGGCUGGUGCGCGGCGCAAAACGCUUCAGUUCGCUGCACCUCGCCGCCGGCCAUGUAGGCCCCGCCGCCACACCGCCUGCACCCACCGCGCAGACCAAAGACAUGCAGAUGGGCAAUGUGCCACGACACUAAGAACAACAUCUUACAUAAAUAAUUAAUUAAAGUAUUUCUUAAAACAUUCCACAAGUAACACAAUCAUUUGAUAAUAAUAAUAAUAUAAAUAUAAAUAUUAUCAAAUGACAAUGAGCUCAAUGAAGACAAAGUCAACAUGUUGUAAUUUUUGCCAUUUUAACGCAAAAAUCAAUAUUAUUAGAAUUAUUGAAGUUGAUCACCAAGAAAAUGACAAUAAUACUUAUUAAUUUAAGGCGUAAUUAAUGAAUUAACAAAUAUUUUGUAAAUUGUUGUGUAUUAUAGACUUGGUUGUUGAAAUUUAGGUUGAUGAUGAUUUAGGUUUUUUUUUUAAUACGUUUGCUUAGCUUAAGAACAAAUUGUUUGCUCAGUGUGACUUAAUUAGUGUUUAUUAUUAACAAUUCUUUUACUCUGUAUUAUUUUAAGGACAAAAUAUUUAAGACAAAUUGAUGGUGACUUAAUUUAAUGAGAUAAGUAGACAUUCGACGAUUAUAUUACUCAUUUGUACUUAAGAUUAGUGAGAUAUGCGUACUCUAGACUUAUUUCUGUACUGUUUUCUUACUCUUUUUUAUUUUUAUGUUUUUGUUGGAAUUGGAUAUUCGAAGAUUGAUUUUAGUUUUUAGUAAUGCAAUGUGUGUGUAAGCGAAUUGUAAAAACAAUGUUAAUUGAGAUGUUAAAUAUUGGAGGAGUGAAAGGGUGGAUAAAUAAUAAAUAAAGCGUAAAUAAGAAAAAA